AUGGGUGGCCACUGUUAUCUACGCUAUGAUGAUACAAACCCAGAAAAAGAAGAGGAGAAAUUUUUCCGUGGCAUUAGAGAAAUGGUUGAAUGGUUGGGCUACAAACCGUGGAAAGUGACUCAUGCCUCAGACAAUUUCCAGGAGCUGUACAACCUUGCCGUCGAGUUGAUCAGGCGAGGUCAUGCCUAUGUUUGCCACAUGAAAGCCGAGGACCUGAAGGGUUUCAAUGUGCCAGAUUCACCCUGGCGGGAUCGUCCGAUCGAGGAAUCACUCCAACUCUUUGAGGACAUGCGCAAGGGAAAAAUUAACGAAGGGGAUGCAACGCUGCGAAUGAAAACCACUCUGGAGGAAGGUAAAAAAGACCCCGUUGCCUACCGCAUCAAGUUCACACCACAUCAUCGUACGGGUUCAGAGUGGUGCGUCUACCCAACUUAUGACUACACGCACUGUCUAUGUGAUUCCAUUGAGAAUAUCACACACUCUUUGUGUACAAAGGAGUUCCAGUCUAGACGUUCCUCGUACUACUGGCUGUGUAAUGUGCUUGAUCUCUAUUGCCCUGUGCAAUGGGAAUAUGCCAGGCUUAACCUACACUAUGCCGUUGUGUCCAAGAGGAAAAUUGCCAAACUCAUAAAGGAGAAUUACGUUAAAGAUUGGGACGACCCUCGUCUGUUCACACUGACUGCUCUUCGCCGCCGUGGUUUCCCUUCUGAAGCUAUUAACCUCUUUUGUGCUAAGGUGGGAGUCACGAUGGCCCAGACAGUUAUUGACCCAUCUCUCCUUGAAGCCUGUGUCAGGGACGUUCUCAACAUCAGCGCACCCAGAGCGAUGGCAGUGAUUAACCCCUUACUCGUGAAAAUCCUCAACUUCCCAGCCGACCACUGUGGAGAUGUAACAGUUCCAAAUUUCCCAGCAGACGAAAGCAAGGGAACCCAUAAGGUUCCUUUUUCAUCCGAGAUUUUCAUCGAGAAGGAUGAUUUUAAGGAGUUGGCUGAUAAAAACUACAAACGUCUUGCCACCAACCAGAUUGUUGGUCUCCGGCAUUCUGGCUACACGAUUGAGGUGGUCAAAGUCGUUAAAGACCCGGAAGGUAACCCACAAGAACUUCAUGUUAAGUGCCAGGCAACACUUGAAAACAAGCCGAAAGCAUUCAUCCAUUGGGUAUCAAAGCCACUGAAAUGUGAGGUUCGUCUCUAUGAGCGACUCUUCCACCAUCGUAAUCCAGAAGACACUAACGAAGUCCCGAAUGGCUAUCUGAGUGACAUCAACAAAAACUCACUUGUGACUGUCUCGGAGGCUUUGAUCGAUAUGUCUGUGAAAGGUUCAAAGGCUUUUACUCGGUUCCAGUUUGAAAGGCUGGGUUUCUUCAGUGUUGAUCCGGAUUCCACAACUGAGCAACUAGUGUUCAAUCGGACAGUGACUCUAAAGGAGGAUCCUAAUAAAUGUUAA